AUGGGGAGUGAUGCUGCACGGGUCGUCUUGUUCCACGACAGGCACUCCAAUGUUACGGAGCGACAUUACACCGGCGGCAGCAAUGCCAUCAACAUUGCUCAGAUCCGCACGGGCGAGAUCAACGUCUCGCGCAUGGCUGAGAACUUGCGUCGAUCCACGUACAAAGCUUUGGCCGACUCCAACUUUGCUCGUCAAUUUGUUGCGGCCAUCAUUGGAAGGGACUUUACCCCCAUUGGAGGCCAAAAACACGGUCGGAUUGGGCAAAGUCAAGAAGGUCAGGAGCAAGUACACGGAUCGCAGCGUCACCGUGAACAAGCUCUUGGACUCGCUAAGCUGACAUAA